AGGAGCCAGGGAUAAGUUAUUGGGGGGUUCGUAAGCAGGGCAGUUCAUAACAUUUCAUCAAGGCAGCGUCUAGCCGUGGACCAAAAGACUUCAGGGAAAGCAGAAGUGGAACAGAUGAUUUCCUAAGAGCUCAUAGUUGGCCAACAGAAACCAGCGAUCUUUAGAUUCAAUGGAUCGAACAAGCCAUCUGCGCCCAGAAGAUGGUGAAGAACUGACAGUCCUCAUUGGUCGGGCACUGCUGAGGCUCCAGGAUGCUGUCGCCAUGGUGAUGUCACGUGCCCGUCAGAGAGCUGUACAGGGUUUUGUUGUGUUCUCUGUUGUGCUGCUGCUCCUCUGGGUUGCCGCCUUUUUAUAUGGGAGCUUCUACUACUCUUACAUGCCCAAGGCAGCUUAUUCCACUUCUGUGCACUAUUACUACAGGACAGACUGUGAAUCUCAAGGCUCCUUUAGGUGCUCUUAUCCUGUGGCCAACAUCUCUCUGAUGAGAAACAAGAAACAUGUGUUGACAUUCGGCCAGGCCUAUCGGAUCUCUCUGCAGCUGGAGAUGCCUGAUUCUCCGGCCAAUCAUGAUCUAGGGAUGUUCAUGAUUAAGACAACCUGUUUCUCUCAGGAUGGGGGGCAAGUUGCCUCCUCUGCUCGCUCUGCAAGACAACUGCUGUCCGCCUCCAGCUCUCGCUUUAGUAUGCUGCGAUACCGUUCAGACCUGCUGAGGACCAUUGGAACGCUACUCUUCCUCCCGGCAUUCUUGACCGGAGCCACUGAGCAGAAACAAACACUGGAGGUGGAGCUCUUCUCAGACUACACAGACGAUCCUUAUGCCCCCUCAACCGCAGCCGUCAUUGAGAUCCUGUCUAACAAGGUGCAGAUCUACUCAUCUCAGUUCUACGUUCACGCUCAUUUCACUGGUAUAAGAUACUUCCUGUUCUACUACCCUGUCCUAUCAGCCCUGGUGGGCGUGUCAAGUAACUUCAUCUUCCUCAGUGUCCUCUUCAUCCUCAGCUACUUGAGGCUUCUGUUGAAAGUGGAGUGGAGGCCAGAGCAGCUCAGAACAGAUGGACUGCCAUCGGAGAGGGAGAAAAACACAGACAACAGCCGGGGAGAGAACGAAGAAGAUGCUGCUGCAAGUACUGCCGAGCUGCUGGGUCCCCUCCAGAUAACCCCCACAAAAAGGAGCCAGGAGAGACGCCACAUUCGCUUUGGUGACGGCACAGAGCAGCAGAACAGACACACACUCGGUCAGAGUGGAAUAAAUGAGUCAGAGGCAGCCUGAGGCCAUUAAUAAAGAGGAGGGAGAAUGUGUUGAGAGCGAUCUUGAUAGUGAGAUGUAAGGAUGAAGAUAAGAGAAUGACUCAGAAAGUACCUGCCGACAAAUAUGCCGGGUGAUGGCUUGUCUGUCCUGUUUGAGCUGUAAAGCUUUACCAGUCCCACUCCUACAUCUGUGUCCCAGUGUUUCAGCUUUAAUGGUAACCCUGUGAUUUAUGAGACUGACAUAUGAACCCUCAUCACUCCAAAGAAAUCUCACAUUCACGUAGCCUUUUUUAUGACUAUGUACUGUACAGUCUUGAUCUGGGGCUCAUUUCACAAAAGUGAUUUGCAAGCAUUUCACACAUUUCACAAAGGAUUGUCACCUUAUUAUAGAUACAUGUGUGAGCUCUAAAGUCCUUUAGUAUGAUGUUCCUUUUGAUUGGUUAAACAUGUCAAAAUUAACGCAAGAGGAAAUAAUGAAACUGCACGUUUUGUGUUGCACAAUUGGUGAAACGGACGCCUGAUGUUCACCUAUGACAAAUACAUGCACAAAUACACUCUAAAAAUGCCACUGACUGUCAGGGAGUUCCUAAUUUCUUUCACUUAACAAAACAACUGUCCAAAAGCUACAUACAGUUAGAAAGAACACGUUAAGUUUACUUCAUAUUUUACAGCUUGUAAAAACUUAACUUUUAAAAAUUAAAUUAAUAAAAAUUAAGUAAAUACAAUUAGAUUUAAGUGAAUUUAACAAUAACCUAAACAUAACUUGAAACAGUUUCCUUGUAAAGUUAGAGGAACAUGUCAUAUUUUACAGGCAGAUGUAACCCUGUGGUGUUGUUUCCAUUGCAUUUUGCACCUAUCAUGCUAACUGAAAUGUUGUCAAUCCUUUCAUUACUUGAGCAAAAUGUAACAUCAUGAUUAAAUCAUGUGAGACAAAACUGUGUCUUUU